AAAAAGUUGUUUCAAAUGACCUCCCGAACCACCCCUUUCAAGGCUUUACCUAUGAUUACAGUCAUAGCUGGAAAAUAUAGUAAUAUGACAAAGUGUAGGAUUAUUUCUCUUCAUGAGAUAGUUAGUUCUGAAAAACAAGUCGAGUUUGAAAUAGUCUCUCGUGAGAAUUUAAAACCAGGAGAACCAAAAUGGGCUAACUAUGUAAAAGGAUGUAUAGCAUAUUUUAUGAGCGAUGUAUCAGCUUUCAAUGCUGUAAUUGUGUCAUCUGUACCAGUUGGUGCUGGUCUUAGCAGUUCAGCUGCUUUAGAAGUUGCUACUUAUACAUUUUUGGAGACAUUAACUGGUAUAAAAUCGAACAAACUAGAAGAUAAGGCAUUGGCAUGUCAACGUGCUGAGCAUGAAUUUGCUGGAGUUCCCUGUGGCAUUAUGGAUCAAUUUAUUUCUGUGAUGGGGAAAGAAGGUUACGCUCUUCUUCUUGACUGUAGAGACCUUAGUACCAAACAAAUACCUAUGUCGCAAAUAAAUGAUUACCUUUUUCUUAUUACUGAUUCCAAUGCUCCUCAUAAAUUAAGUUCGAGUGCAUAUUGUGAACGUAGAGAUAGUUGUUAUGCAGCUGCAAAGAUAUUGAACAAAAAAAGCUUGCGCGAAGCGUCUAUAAAUGAUAUUCAAGUUUUACAGUCACAGAAUGCAUCUGAAAUAAUGAUAAAAAGAAGUCGACAUGUAGUGACAGAAAUUCAAAGAACAGUUGAUGCUGCAAUUGCGCUUGAAAAUGGAGAUUUUAAUAAAUUUGGACAGUUAAUGAACGAAAGUCAUGAUUCAUUAAAAGAUGAUUAUGAAGUUUCUUCUGUAGAACUUGAUACCUUGGUAUCGGCAGCAAGGGAAGUAAAUGGUGUUUUAGGAAGUCGUUUGACUGGUGCAGGAUUUGGGGGUUGUACAGUAACGUUACUAAAAAAGGAUGUAAUCACUCAAGUCAUUGAACAUAUAAAGGCCAAAUAUCCUGGAAAUGCAACAUUUUACAUUGCAAAACCUGCAAUGGGAGCAAGAGUACUGAAAAUAAAUUGAAUGGUAUAUUAAUGAAUAAAAAAUGAAACAUUAUUUAAUUUUACAUAGCAAGAGUGUAUAUAAGAAUAUAAAUCAUGAUAGUUGAUUGAAAACUCUGGAAUAUUUUUUUUUCGUAUUUGCAUUAAAUACAGUUUUUCAUUUCAAAAAGAAAACAGCAUACUUUCAAAACAUAUGUACACUAGUACAAUUAUACUCAAAUCUUUAAUUUGGUAUAACAUAUCACUUACUCUAAAUACUGACAAUAUUUUGUAACGUUUGUUAACAUCUUUUGAAUAAACAUACACUCGUAAAACAUAUGCCAAAAAUACUAAAAUGUAACUACUAUACGUGUAAUUAAAACUACAAAUGUAGCUAAAUAUACAUGUAUGAUAAUGUACAUGUAUAAAAAAUAUGUAAAAUACUAUAGGCAUACAUACAUA